AGGUUUUGACCUGUACAUCAGAACACAAAUGGUACUGUUUACAAUGCGCAGUAAAAGGCCAAGAAUUUGAAAUGACAGAUGAUGUUGACAUCAUUGACAGUUUCUUAUGUCAAAUGAUGUCAAGGCAAAGGAAAAAUAAAUUUGUACAGGCGAAAAUUAUUUUCGUAUUCAAUGAAUAAAUGUUAAAUAUGCAAUUUGAAAUCGAAUCAAUUAAUAAAUCAACUUUAAAUUAUACUUAUAAUAUAGACGAAUCUUUAGAGGUAUUGGAUGCGAAAGAUGUAAGUUAUAACUAUUUCUUUCAAAAUUUUAUGUUACCCAACAAACCCUGUGUUAUCAAAAGUAUUUCUGAAGACUGGAAUUGUCCGAAGGAUUGGAUAGAGAACGAUAAGAUUAAUAUAAAAUAUUUAGGGCAGCAUUAUGGCUCUGAUGAAGUUACCGUUUAUGACUGUAAAGAACGAUACUUCAAUACACAAAAAUCGAAGAAAAUUACAUUUAAAGAAUACUUAAAUGAAGCACAAGUGUCCGAAUCGCACGUUUCGUUUCCUUUGGAAGAAUACGUAAAAAAUUGGCAUUUGAAAUUAAAUCAUACGGAUGAUAAUUUCUACGAGGUGCCAAUUUUCUUUGCCUCAGAUUGGCUAAACGAAUUUUACAUUGAAAAUACAAGCGACGAUUAUAGGUUUGUUUAUAUGGGAUCAGAUAAAACUUGGACUCCAUUUCAUGUAGACGUAUUCACCUCGUACAGUUGGUCUGUGAACGUUUACGGCAAGAAAAAAUGGCUGUUAUUUCCUCCAGGCGAAGAAGAAUUUUUAAAAGAUGAACUGGGCAAUAUACCUUACAGCAUACUGUCCAAGAAUUCUACAUCCAUUGGAGAUAGAAAAUAUUAUGAAGUAAUCCAACAUUCUGGAGAAGCCAUUUUUGUUCCUGCAGGUUGGCACCAUGAAGUCUACAAUUUAGGCGAUACAAUAUCCAUAAACCACAAUUGGAUAAAUGGCUGUAACAUUCACAGUAUGUAUCGAGCCCUACUUUCUAACUUGCGGGACAUAAAAAUCGAAAUCCAAGACUGCAAAGAUAUGGAAGAUUUUGAACAACAUUGCCAGAUUAUGUUGAACGCCCUAUUUGGCAUGGACUUGAAAAUGUUUUACGAAUUCCUUAAAUUCAUAGCUACGAAACGAAUUAGAAUGAUCGAAAACGAGCCGGAGAGGGUGAUGUAUCACGGUCACAUUAUCGGUAUUAAUCACAUACUAUUCGACUUGAGAGCUAUUAGGGAAGUUUUGGAAAUCUUUGUACAGUAUGAAGAGAUCGAGUUAUUAGAUUAUUUCAGCGAUACAAAUUAUUCUCCACAACGUUUGUUAGAAGAAAUAGAUUUUAAAUUAAAAUUAUCAGACUGACAUGAAUUUUCAAUUUGUUCCAACAGGUUAUCUCUACUUCAUUCUAACUGUUAAUAAUUGUUGUAAGUAAGCAAAUCUUGCAAGUGGUUUUGUACACUGUAACAAUGGAUUAAAAUAUGCGAAUUAAUUUCAAGAGUCACUAAAAAACAAUGAUAAUAAUUACCGAGUACAAUUAUUCCAUAAAAAAUCAUUCCACUUUUUAAUUAACAUUUAAUGGCAACGUUUCUCAGUAUUGUACGUUUCCUCUUUGUUGAAAUAUGAUUUGUGAAACUUACUUGUAUAAAAGCUUGUGCGCGAUAGGUAACGAUUAACUUUCGCGAGCAAGUAACCAUCAACAAUAUUGCACAAUAUUGCAACGCAAUAAGUGGGCUGUAAACAUUCAGAGCGUUCUCUUCCACUUCCAGCUGUUUGUUGUUAUAUCGUUUUAGUUUAGUUUUCAAUUGCAAUUUUAUACUGCAGUGUAGAUUGCGCGUUGAUAUUAACGAACGUAUCGGUCAGUCGAUAUGGAAGUGACUGACAAAGAACCGAUCCCUCGAGCUAUUCAGGAUAUUAUCCAUGAAACGGUGGACAGAGCCAUUGCGACGUUAUUGGAAAGUGGAUUAAUAAAACGGGCCCGAUCGCAUUCUAGAUCUCGCAGUAAAGGUAAAAAGGGAAAAGGAAAAAAACGAAGUUCCAGUUCAUCGUCGAGUUCUUCGAGUUCGAGCUCUUCGGAAAGCGACAGCGACCGCAGAGGACGAAGAGGAAAAUCAAAGAAACGCCAUCGUUCUAGAUCAUUAGACGGGUCGAAAGGAGGUAAAGGACGAAGGGCGAGAUCCCGAUCUGGAGGUAGGCACUCCAAGCACUCAAAGCAUCACCAUAAACAGGACAAGAGGGAUUGGUACCGUCAUCACAAAACAUCAUCGGCGUCCCUUCUGCCCUUAUACUACUACCAUUAUUUCAAUUGUCCUCACAACGGCAAAGAGGGACUCGAAACGGAGGUUCACGGUAAGAGAGGCUGGCAUAAGAAACAUUCUCGAAGAUUCCGUUGCCCCUUCGCCGGAGUGGCAGGCGCGCACACCACUGACGAUGAGAAAAAGGGCCCAGAUGCUGAUAGAGCCGCGCAUCUGACCAAAGAUUUCGAAAAUUUGGAUGUCGAGGACAAGGAGAAAUUUUAUUUGGCUUAAAUUACGCCGGUUUUUUUAUUUUUUUAUACUAACAUAAUUGAGUAAGAUGUAGUGUAGGAAUAUGUACUCGUAAAAGUUUAUGGCAAUAAACCUAUAUUGAAUGGUUAGUAUAAUUUUUAUUCUUAAAUUUCAAGGUAAAUUUUUAAUUUGGUUAUAGCAUUUUUUUUAUUAAAAAUUGUUAAGUAA